UAGGUUCAAAGCCCUGUCUCCAGCCUAACCAGGCACAUCGUCGCUCUGCUGCUCACGUUCAACGUGUGAUGUCAUGACACCCCUGGCAACCAAUUAAGAACAGGCUCCGCUCCUGCCGCCAUGAUGUCACACGUGUCCUGAAGUUGGGAGACCCACGCUCGAUCGCACUCCGGCCACCGGAGCUACAGGGUUCGUCGCGCAUGAAGCACAAGGACAGACAAAUGCACUCCAAGGGGGCGGGGUCAUCGUCCGAAGAGGCGGAGCCAUCCGCAGCCGAGCAGCCUGAGGGGUUCGACAUGAUCUACAGGAUAGAAGAUGUGCCACCUUGGUAUCUGUGCAUCCUGCUGGGACUCCAGCACUACCUGACCUGUUUCAGUGGCACCAUCGCCGUGCCCUUCCUGCUUGCGGACGCCAUGUGUGUGGGUCGGGACCAGUACGCCGUCAGCCAACUGGUGGGAACCAUUUUCACCUGCGUGGGCAUCACCACACUCAUACAAACCACGUUCGGGGUCAGGCUGCCUCUUUUCCAGGCCAGCGCGUUCGCCUUCCUCGUCCCCGCUCAGGCCAUCCUGGGGCUCGACAAGUGGAAAUGCCCCCCUGAAGAGGAGAUUUAUGGGAACUGGACGCUUCCGCUCAACACCUCACACGUCUGGCAUCCGAGGAUCAGAGAGAUCCAGGGUGCUAUCAUGGUGUCCAGCCUGAUCGAGAUGGUCAUUGGCCUGGUCGGCCUACCUGGGCUCCUUCUCAACUACAUCGGGCCUCUCACCGUCACACCAACGGUGUCGCUCAUCGGUCUGUCCGUGUUCCAGACCGCCGGUGACAGGGCGGGGACACACUGGGGGCUGUCCCUGCUGUGCAUCUUUCUAAUCGUUGCAUUUGCACAGUACUUGAGGAACUGGUCUCUCCCAAUUCCCAUCUACUCCAGGCAGAAGGGCUGCACGACCACCAAGGUCCAGAUCUUCAAGAUGUUUCCGAUCAUUAUGGCAAUUCUGGUGGUGUGGCUCAUUUGCUACAUCUUGACCCUGACUGACAUGCUACCCCAAGACCCCACUCAGUACGGGCACAAGGCUCGCACCGACGCGCGUGGUGACAUCAUGGCUCUGUCUCCCUGGUUCCGCUUGCCCUACCCCUGUCAGUGGGGGGUGCCCACAGUGACCAUCGCCAGUGUGCUGGGCAUGUUCAGUGCCACGCUAGCAGGUAUUGUGGAGUCCAUUGGGGAUUACUACGCCUGCGCCCGCCUCGCCGGGGCACCUCCACCCCCUGUCCAUGCAAUCAACAGGGGUAUCUUCACAGAAGGAGUGUGCUGCAUCAUCGCAGGGCUGCUUGGCACUGGAAACGGCUCCACGUCGUCUAGCCCCAACAUUGGGGUGCUGGGCAUCACUAAGGUGGGCAGCAGGAGGGUGGUCCAAUAUGGCGCUGCUAUCAUGUUCCUGCUGGGCACUGUGGGAAAGUUCACUGCCCUGUUUGCCUCUCUGCCUGACCCCAUAUUAGGUGGCAUGUUCUGCACCUUAUUUGGAAUGAUCACGGCCGUGGGGUUGUCCAACCUGCAGAGCGUGGACCUGAACUCUUCUCGGAACCUCUUUGUUCUGGGAUUCUCCAUGUUCUCUGGCCUUAUGCUUCCCAACUACUUGGAUACUCACCCAGGCAGCAUCCGUACAGGGGUUCCAGAGCUAGACCAAAUCAUAACAGUGCUCCUGACCACGGAGAUGUUUGUUGGAGGAUUUCUGGCAUUUGUGCUGGAUAACACCAUCCCAGGCACCAAGAAGGAGAGGGGGCUGCUGGACUGGAAGGCAGAGGAGGGCUCAUCCCGCGGGGGGUCUAACGUUGACCUGACCACCUAUGAUUUUCCCGUGGGUAUGGGCUGCGUGAGCCGGGUACGCCUCUUGCGCUACUUGCCCAUCUGCCCCACCUUCCAGGGCUUCCACCCGCACCAAAGACAGGAGAACGUGGAGCUAAAUGAGGAGGAGGCCAAAUCCAACGGAGACGCCGCAACGGUGCAGGAUUCAGUCACUGUUUCCUGCACCAAAGUAUAGAAACUAAUCAUCCUACCACCUUUUUUUUUUUUU